ACCACCCCAGUGUGCUGCCGCGCUUCUCUCGGAGCCCUGCCUCCCCCCCCACACCUUCACGAGCUCGCUCUGCUCCACUCCGCACUCCUCCGCACUGGAGUCGAGUUGAGCGCACGCUCCCGCACUCGCAUUCCCACCGACCACAACGCCUAGAUCUCCACUCCGCCCAUGGGGUGCUUCCAGUCCAAGGUGGCGGGGCCCCUGCCGCCCAACGACGCCGCCGCGCUCCCCGCCGACAACCCGGCAGAUCCCGAGGCGGCGAACGGCGGGGCGGAUGGCGGCGACGCCGGCGACGACAAGGAGGCGGCGAAGCGCGCGGUGCCGGUAUUCAGGGAGUUCGCGCUGGCCGAGCUGCGCGCCGCCACCAAGGGGUUCAGCGCCGACCUCAUCGUCUCCGAGAGCGGGGAGAAGGCGCCCAACGUCGUCUACCGGGGCCGCCUCGACGGUGGCCGUCUCAUCGCCGUCAAGCGAUUCUCUCGCGUCUCGUGGCCCGACCCGCAGCAGUUCGUCGCGGAGGCGGCGGGCGUGGGCAAGGUGCGGCACAAGCGCCUCGUCAACCUCAUUGGCUGCUGCGCCGAGGGUGACGAGAGGCUGCUCGUCGCCGAGUACAUGCCAAACGACACCCUCUCCAAGCACCUCUUCCACUGGGAUAAGCAGCCAUUGCCAUGGGAAAUGCGGUUGAGGGUAGCAUAUUUCAUCGCACAAGCACUCGACCAUUGCAAUGCAGAGAACCGGAAAAUCUAUCAUGACUUGAAUGCUUACAGAGUACUUUUUGAUGAGGAAGGUGAUCCUCGCUUGUCUAGUUUUGGACUGAUGAAGAAUAGCCGUGAUGGAAAAAGUUAUAGUACCAACCUGGCUUACACUCCACCAGAGUUUCUACGAACUGGCAGAGUAAUUGCUGAGAGUGUGAUAUAUAGCUAUGGAACUGUCCUGUUGGAUCUUUUGAGCGGGAAGCACAUUCCUCCGAGUCAUGCACUGGAUUUGAUAAGGGGGAAGAAUAUACUGUUGCUGAUGGAUUCCUCCUUAGAAGGGCAGUAUGCUAAUGAGGAUGCUUCGAAAUUGGUUGAUCUUGCAUCAAAGUGUUUGCAAUUUGAAGCUAGGGAUAGACCAAACAUAAAGUAUCUCUUGUCUUCUGUUGGUCCUCUUCAGAAGCAAAAGGAGGUAGCAUCCCAUGUCUUAAUGGGUAUUACAAAAGCCACAUCAGUAUUGCCAGCUAUUCUUUCUCCACUUGGGAAGGCCUGCUCUGUUUUGGAUCUUACAGCGGUGCAUGAUAUAUUGCUUAAAACAGGUUAUAAAGAUGAUGAGGGUGCAGAAAACGAGUUAUCCUUUCAAGAAUGGACCCAGCAAGUUCAAGAGAUGCUGAACACAAAGAAGGUUGGUGACAUCGCAUUUAGAGACAAGGAUUUUAAGACUGCAAUUGACUACUACUCUAAGCUAGUUGCAAUGAUGUCAACACCUUCAGCCACAGUUUUUGCUAGGCGCAGUUUUUCCUACUUGAUGAAUGAGCAAGCAGAACUUGCCCUCCGGGACGCCAUGCAGGCCCAGGUCUGCAUGCAGGAAUGGCCUACAGCUUUCUACCUUCAAGCUCUUGCUCUAUCAAAGCUUGGCAUGGAAACUGAUGCACAAGACAUGCUCAACGAUGGAGCCACAUUUGAGGCCAAGAAGCAAAACAGCUGGCGCAGUUAGGGGUCAAAUUUGCGGGUUCCCCAUACCAUUGCCUUUUGAUAGAAAAAGGUACAAUGGUGAGUGUCCUCCAAAUUGUUCACUGGGACAUCUGUUGAACUGCUAGGAGUGGGAUUGAAAUGCACUGUUUUAUCGUGCUUCGUGCAAUCUCCACCCGAAUGUUGAUAGUGGCAAUGUUGUGGCCUGGAAGGGAAGAUAAAGGCAGGAGCAUGCAAUGCAUAUUUUCUCUCGAGUUGCGCUUUGUAUCGCGAGUGAUUGCAAGAGGAUCUGCUGAUAAUUGCAAUUUCAGUGCUCCUCUGGAGAGAAGAUUGUUGUAAUUAAGGGGAUGCUUUCUAACAAUUUCUUCUCCUUUUCGUUUCCAUUGGAAUCUUUGGGCCCCAGAGGACAUGAGUGGUGUGCAAAAAGGCGGGUACCUUGUGAUUAGCUAAGGAGAAUAAACUAGAGCCAUCAGAAUUCCAUUCAAUUCUACCAUAUUUCUAUGUGCUGCUUUCUCUUC